UUCCUUUGCUUUUCUCUCUCAAAACAUAAAUUAUUUCAUUUGCAGAGAGACAAGAGAGAAAAAGAAGACAAAAUUCUUUCCUCUUUUUCCAAAAAAAGAAAUCCAACAAAUUUCAGGAAACAAAGGUUGUUAGAAGGGAUUUUGUAUGUGUGUUUUCUCUCUCUCUCUUUGUCCAAAACCUUAAAACUCAUGGCGGACAAAGGCCGCCCACUUCCAAAAUUUGGAGAGUGGGAUGUCAAUGACCCUGCUUCUGCUGAGGGUUUCACAGUCAUCUUUAACAAAGCUCGAAACGAGAAGAGAAGCGGUGGCAAUGCAAACUCACCACCAAAAGGUGACCCUGCAUAUAAGCAUGGAGCAACUCUUGGAAAGCCUCAAUCAAAAAAAUGGUUUUGCUGUAUGCAGUCGGCUGCUGCAGAAUCAUGAUCUCUCAUUGCUCUUAUCCGCCGCAUUGGAGAGUGUUUGAUCUGAAAUGUUAUGUCACAAAUGUUCCCCAAGUCCGGAGCUGUAGUCAAGCCUGGAAUUUGUUCUAUAGUGUUUUAGAAUUUAAUUUACUCAAAAUUCGGGCUUUCGCCAUGGAAAGAUACUUUGCUAUCUAUUUAUUUAUUUUUUGAUCUUGAUCUUA